AUGCUGGAAAACCACGCUGUCUGCAGGCUGACCGAGGUCGCAGACGUUAAACUCACGGUUGAAACAACCAAAGAAGAAACAACACACUCUAUCUCUUCCUCCCACUUCCCGCCGGCCCACUUGCCAGACUGGUACGGUUAGUCCGUUCACUCUGACAGUCUGGAAUAUUCGUUCUCACUCAGACAAUUCGAGGAGCAACCGACCAGAAAGGAGGACGGCGCUAGUGGCUUGGGAGCUGCCGCGCCACAAGUUGGACAACGCUCCAAUCAGCGAGACGCCGUCCUCCGAGAAAGGCCAGCUAGAAGAUGUGAGUGCCAGCUACACCUCCUUCUGGAGCGUCCGCCCCAUGGCAGAGCGACUAGACGUGGGUAUCGCCUUUGUCACCCGGAACGACCUCGUGGGACGACUGCCCUGUCUGCCGCAGGGCAUCAACGAUCACCUCACGAGCCUCCGCCUGCCUCGUCGGGAAGGCGAAUUCGCCACCAUCAUUAGCGUAUACGCUCUGUCGAUGACCAGCCCUGACGCCGCAAGGGACAAAUUCUACGAGGACCUGCGCGCCCUCCUGGCGACUGUGUCGACAGCAGAUACGUUGAUUGUCCUUGGUGACUUCAACACCCGCGUCAGCACAGAGUAUGCUUCUUGGAAAGGAAUGCUGGGUCCCCAUGGUCUCCUCGGCACAAACAACAAUGACCUGCUCCUCCUGCGCAGAACACUGGCUCAUCCCAACCAACGCCUACUUCCGCCUCCCGAUGCAAGAGAAGGCCACCUGGAUGCAUCCUCGGUCGCGACACUGGCACCUGCUGGACUAUGUCCUCGUCCGCAGGCGAGACCAUUGAGACGUGCUGGUGACAAAUACGAUCCCGGAUGA